CCUCUGCGGGGUCCAGAUGGCGGUUGGGGUACAGGGCCCAGUGUGGGCCUCCCACCCACACCCUGCUCUCGACCUCUCUGCCCAGACAGUGGGCUUCCUUCCAUUUGCAAACUUAGAAUUCCUUAGGUGUAAGGAGACAGUCAAGUAAUGGUCAUUGCCACUUGUGCAAGCACUGCACGGGUGGACCUGUCCGAAAGAUUUAAUAUUUGCAAGAACUCCGCAUAUCGGGGUUUGUGGGAGGCAGGCCUGCCCCAGAGACCACCUGUCCUCAUCCCAGAACCCUUGAAAACCUGCUCUAUGUGGCCAAGGGGCUCCGCAGGUGAGUAAGGGAAGGGUGGUGAGAUGGGGCGAGUACCCUGGGUUGGCUGGGUGGGCCCCGUCUAGCCCGUGGCUUCUGAAAAGUGGAGAACUUUUCCCAGCUGAGCCAGAGAGAGGAACGUUGCUAAUUUCGAAGAUGGAGGAAGGCGGCCUCUAGAAACUGGAAAAGGCAAGGACAUAGAUUCUCCCCUGGAGCCGCCAAAGGAACCAGUCCUGGUGGUUUCCUAACUUACAGAACUGUGAGAUGAUAAACUUGUGUUGCUUUAAGCCACUAAGUUUGGGGUAAUUCGUUUAGGGCCAUAAUGAAAAAGUAACACCUGAGUUAUUCUAGUGAGCGAGGCCUCGGGCGCGGCAAUUAGUAGAGCUGGGAAAACCCUGGUCAGGUGCUUCAAGCUUCAGCGCUCUGCUUUAAGGGCUGAGCACGCUCGGCGGCCCGUUUAAGAGCGGGGCGGGGCCUGCGGUUGCCUGGAGACCGGCAGGAUCAGGUCGCCGCGCCGCUUCCGUCUGGGAUUGGCAGAGUCCCACGGCGUCCCCAGCGAGGUGAGUGCCCCGCGGGGUCCCGGGGUCCCAGGCCGUGGUUGCGCCGCGACGGACAUGACCUUGCCUUGCACUCCGGGACUCACCUGUGCGUCCUGCUCGAUGCACCGGGGUGUCUUCAGUGGGGCCAGUUUGGGAAGGCCACAGAAACUGUGGCUUUGGAGCCCUGUGCCUCAGCUCUAAGACCUUGGGCAAAUAAUUAGCACAAGAUUUUUUGCUUGACCCUGGCAGUGCUGUCCUAGGGAGUAGGUAGCCGAUGAUUUCAAGUUCAAAAACAGGAAAGUGAAAAAAUAAUCACUUCAUUAUUGAUUGUGCACACUGUCUGAUCCGUAGGGAUUUUGUGCCUCAUCUCAUCCUUAUAACCAGACCAAGGUGCUGUUAUUCCUGUUUGACAGCUGAAGCAGAAGGACCUCAGGUAACAGCUGGGAAGGGGCAGUGCAGCUCAUGAGCACUUUGCCAUGCUGACACACGAAGAGACGGGCUUUUAAAGUACGAACUGGUGGCAUGUAAGAUUUCAGAGGUUAAGUCGGUAUUUUUCACACACAGGAUUGCUCUUCUUACUGGAGCACUAUUUGGAAAGAAGUGGUAGAUGGUGGUUCCAAUUUUAAAAAUUUUAGGAAGCAACCAAUGCAAUAUUGAAGUAAUAUUUUUAUAAACUGGUGAGACUCGAUACUUGUAAUUAAUUUUUCAGGCUGUAGGAAAAGAGUGAUAAUGACAUUGGGGUUGUAAAACGAGACAUAAUUUUUAUUUGUCAGGUAAAACUCAUCAACGCCUUGAAACAAACAGCUUUCAACCAAAGGAGUCAUUUGAUACUUACCUAUAUAAAGCAAACCUUAGGUCUUCUAAAGGCAAUGGUGAAAGAAAAGAAAAGAGCAGAUAAAAAAGGGGAUAAGUUGGCCUGCUCUCCCUCGUCUGUCUCCGAUCAUACAGAGUUUCCCAAACAAGAUGGCAAUGCUGCUAGGCAAGAUAUGCCCCCAGGUGCUGUGCCACCAUUGGACAUGCAGCUCAAAGAACCAGAACUCGAGAGAGAGUGCAAAAAUGAUGAUCUGCGGAAUGAAGAUACCACCCAGUAUGAAGAUACCACCCAGUAUGAAGAGCCCAUUCUGACCAAACUCAUAGUAGAAAGCUACGAAGGGGAAAAAGUCCGUGGACUGUAUGAGGGAGAAGGCUUUGCCAUCUUUCAAGGAGGCUGUACCUACCACGGUAUGUUUUCAGAAGGACUCAUGCAUGGACGGGGGACUUACGUCUGGGCUGAUGGAUUGAAAUAUGAGGGGGACUUUGUGAAAAACAUCCCCAUGAACCGUGGCAUCUACACGUGGCCGGAUGGCAGCACCUACGAAGGAGAAGUGGUCAACGGCAUAAGACACGGAUUUGGCAUGUUCAAGUGCAGCACGCUGCCCGUGUGCUACAUCGGCCACUGGUGCCACGGCAAGAGAUACGGCAAGGGCUGCAUUUGUUACGAUCAAGAGGGUACCUCUUGGUACGAGGGAGACUGGGUGCACAACGUCAGAAAGGGCUGGGGGAUAAGGCGUUACAAAUCUGGAAAUAUAUAUGAAGGUCAGUGGGAGAACAACAUGCGUCAUGGGGAAGGCCGGAUGAGGUGGCUGACAACUAACGAAGAGUACACGGGUCAUUGGGAGCAGGGGGCCCAGAAUGGUUUUGGCACACACACAUGGUUUCUAAAGAGAAUCCCCUACUCCCAGUAUCCUCUGAGAAAUGAAUAUGUGGGAGAGUUUGUGAAUGGAUACCGUCAUGGCUAUGGAAAGUUCUACUAUGCCAGUGGAGCCAUGUAUGAGGGAGAAUGGGUUGCCAAUAAAAAACAUGGCAUGGGCCGAUUAACUUUUAAGAAUGGGCGUGUGUAUGAUGGCCCAUUUUCCAAUGACCGCAUAGCAGAGUUUCCAAAUCUUGAAGGUGAACUGAUCAGCUACCUGGACACGACUCCAGAAUCUGCCCUCAGGAACCAGUAUUGCAGAUCCUCCAUCAGUGCCGAAAUCAUCAGAAAGCUUGAUGGCAGUGAAAGUAAUUCCACGUUAGGCUCGAGCAUUGAGCUGGAUCUCAGUUUGUUGCUGAAAAUGUACCCGGAGAGAGACCAAUCAGAAGAAAAGAAGCAGGUAGAAUAUGCUAUCUUAAGAAAUAUUACAGAACUAAGAAGAAUCUAUAGCUUCUACAGCAGCCUAGGAUGUGAUCACUCUCUGGAUAACACCUUUCUGAUGACAAAGCUUCACUUCUGGAGGUUUCUAAAAGACUGCAAAUUCCAUCAUCAUAAAAUAACCCUCGCCGAUAUGGACAGGGUACUAAGUGCCAAUAAGGACAUACCAGUUGAAGAAAUUCAUUCUCCAUUUACAACAAUACUUUUGACAACAUUUUUGAAUUACCUCCUGGAGUUGGCUUACCACAUCCAUCACAAAGAAUACCAAGACAGAAGCCCAUCACUCUUUUUGUGUUUUACAAAACUGAUGAAUGAGAACAUUCGCCCAAAUGCCUGCCGUGUAAAAGGCAGUUUAUUCUGCGAGGCCCACCGGACACUCUAUUCAAUGAAUUACGUGGAUAAGUGCUGGGAGAUCUACACAGUUUACUGCAGACCAAACGCAGCCCCUCCCCAUGAGCUCACAAUGAACAUGAGACACUUCCUCUGGAUGUUGAAGAGAUUUAAAAUGAUAAAUAAAGAAUUAACAGCAAGAAAAUUUGUGGAGGUCAUAGCAGAGGAUAAUCCUUUCAUGCAUGAUGGAAUUGACAGCAACUUUAAACUUGAGCUGGUUUUCCUGGAAUUCUUUGAAGCUCUGUUAAGCUUCGCACUCAUCUCUGUUACUAACCAAUCGAAUAAAUUCUAUUUAAAUUUUCCAAAUGAUGACUUGUCUGGAAACAAAGCUGGAAGCACUUAUACAAUGAUAAAGCAGGGAAAAUGUAUUUUCUGGUCAUGACCUAUGACAGUGGAAAUACGUAAUGAGUGUCAGAGGGCCUACCGACACCCUCAGGGGUGUGGGGCUCCCCUGGCUUGACCACGAGGCCUACGGCAUCUGAGGUGGUUUUUAUGAAACGUUUCAUCCCAUGAUCUAGUGUUUACAAGAGUGGAUCGCUCGUCACAGAGCACAGAUGCCAAGGAACAGCUCCCGAGCGUGUGCAGGAUGCUGGGCGCGUCCCAGAGGACAGGACCUGCUCGUGGGGCUGGACACUGGGCUUCACGCCAAAGCCCUGGGGGAGCAGGGACAGCGUGGGCCGUUGACCGAAAGAUCUAGCCGCUGGGUCAGAUGGAUCGGAGGUUUCAGGGUAGUGGGCUGGAAGGGUUUCUGAUCGUUGAGUCCUUCAUUCAGAGCCACAAGGGAGAGUGUUGGGGGCCAGCGGAAACCCCAGCUGGGAAACUCGCCAGAGCUGCUCACUCAGGGAGACCUCUCACUGUUGGUCAUCUAAGGAGCACCUCUGACCACGAGUCCCAGGAUGUGCCUUGGACCCUCGUGCAGGUUCAACUUCAGUAGCACCCAGUCCACCCGAUCAGCAGAUACGCCCCCUCCAGGUCAUCCGAGAGCCUGGCCACAGGCUGGGGCUGGGUCAUGUCCACCUUAAACUCAUCCAUGCCUGCGUGGAUGGCAGCACGUGGGCUCCAGUAACCACACACGGACACGCUGGCCUCGGGGACAGCCUCAGGAACCAUCCGAUCAAGUUCACGUCUGGUUUCCAAUCUGGCACCGCACAUCCAUCAAGAUAAACAAGUCCUAUUAUAACCAUGCAACGGGGAAGAGCCAGCAGUGCAAUAACUCCUAACACAUGCCAACAGCAUGGGUGCAUUGCUUAUGCUGGGUGGAAGCAGCCAGACGGAAGGGCGCAUGCCGCUGUGAUUCCAACGACGCAAAAUCCGAGAAAGGCCCAGUGAUCUGUAGUGACAGGGAACAGGCAAGCAGUUGCUCGAGGAUGAGGGAGGAGGGCUUCCUGGGGCACAGGAAACCUGGGGUGAUGGAUACGUCCACUCUCGGAGGCGACGGUUUCACAGGUGUAGGCACAUCGAAACUCACCGUCAUAGUGCGCCUUAUGUGCAGGUCAUUGUAAAUCAAUUAUACCACGUUAAAAUCACGUACACGUGUCUCUCCACGGAAAACAGAAAUCCUCUUAUGUAUUUGUCGUUGAUCAGAACACCCAGAACAGGAGUCCAAGUGCUCUAAGAAGCCAGGAAUCUGAGGUGCAGGACGGCAACACUAAGUCGUCUUCAAGGAAGUUAGGAGUCUUGCUUGACAUGAGCAAGAUAAGGCAAUCAGAGGUUUGUAU